GAUUUCUGAUCUAGUCUAUCUAUACCAAACAGCAGUUCGAAACCUCGGGAGGACGAUCGAGAUGGCGACUUCCAUGGUGACGGACUUCGGCGACGGCCACUGCAUCGUGGCGUUCGACCAGGACCACGUCCACACCACCCUGACCUCCUCCGGCGGCGUCGUCGACGAGUGGCUGGACCUCGUCUACCGCAUCCACCGCCGCCGCCUCGACCGCCUCGUCGUCGGCCUCGACGUCGAGUGGCGCCCCUCGUUCCGCGGCCUCCCGCCGGGCCCCGUCGCGCUGCUGCAGCUGUGCGUCGGCCGCCGCUGCCUCGUCUUCCAGAUCCUCCGCGCCGACUACGUCCCGGACUCCCUCUUCGACUUCCUCGCCGACGGCCGCUUCACCUUCGUCGGCGUCGGGGUCUACGGCGACGCGCAGAAGCUCAGCGCUCACUACGGGCUGCAGGUGACGAACGCGGUGGACCUGCGCUACCUCGCCGCGAACAUGCUGGGGAAGCCGGCGCUGCGGCACACCGGGCUGCAGGGCCUCGUGUGGCAGGUGAUGGGCGUGUGGCCCGAGAAGCCGCACCACGUGCGGGUCAGCGCCUGGGACGCGCCGCGGCUGACGCGGGACCAACUGCAGUAUGCUUGCGCCGACGCCUUUGCAUCGUUCGAGGUCGGCCGGAGGCUCUACGACGGCGAAUAUUAGGUCAAGGGUGCCAAUGCCAUCCGCUUAGUUUUCAAGGGUUAUUAGGUAAAUACUGUUAUCUUUGCUUUGCACCCAAGCAUGUCGAUAUUUAGUUUGCC